UGUCUCCGAUAUGGUCAUGUAUUCGUGUGCCCGCUAGUGGGAGGUUUAUAAACGCUAGCACAUGUCGACAUGUUAUUGAUAGAACCGGUUCGUUUUGUAACCCUACUAGUGGGGGUUAAACACUAGUAAUUUCUGUGGCUUGCCAGUGGGAGGUUUAUAACACUGGCCGUGACCUAUGGAGGAGACGUCUAUUUCGUUCCCGUACUAUAUCCGUUUUGCGUGAUUGCACAUGUGGCAUGCUAUAAGUUUAAUAAAGGGCACUCCAUAUUUUACUUACUGAGUUUAUCUCAUAGUUUUUCCUUGUCCACCAUUUCAUGAAGAGAAACCGAGGACGGGGAAAUCACGGGAAGUGACGAGUUAGAAGGCUAGCCAUAUUGUAAUUUGAUAUGAAUUUUAGAAAUAGAUCAUGAUCUUGUAAACUCGAGUGUAUUGGAGAUUUUGGUGGUAUCAGAGUACAGUAUGAUAAGUUCCGAGCCUUGUGCAUUUGUGGGACCCGUCUCACGAGUGCAUGGCGUCUGCCACGUCCCCGGAUUUGGGUUCUGGGGCAUGACAGCUAUGAACCACAAUGUUGAGGGUUUGAAUCCCUUUUCAUCCACAACUAGCCCUGUCACGCCCCAGAACCCAAAUCCAGGGACGUGGCAGACGCCGUACACUCGUGAGACGGGUCCCACAAGUGCACAAGGCUCGGAACUUAUCAUAUCACACUCUGAUACCAUCAAAAUCUGAAGAUCAAAUUAUAAAAUUGGCUCUCAUAUCAUAAAAUCUCCAAAUACACUCUAACUUACAAGAUCAUAAUUUAUAUUUAAAAUCUAUAUCAAUUACAAUAUGGCUAGCCUUCUAACUCGUCACUUCCUGUGGUUUCCCCAUCCUCAGUUUCACUUCCUGAAAUGGUGGACAAGGAAAAACUAUGAGAUAAACUCAGUAAGUAAAAUAUGGAGUGCCCU